UCCACUGCAGAUCAAAGGGGGAAUAGAAAUAGCCAAGAUGCCUGAGAAAGCCCUAGAGAGAAAAUCCAAAAUCUCAGCUUCACGCAAGCUCAUGCUGAAGAGCUUGAUGGUUGCUAAGGCCAAAGAGGAGCUGGAGCAGGAGAUGGUAGAGAAAGAGGAGCAGAAAGCAAACUACCUGGAAGAAAAAGCUCCUCCCAUACAGACCGGCAGCAUGUCCUUAGCAGAGCUGAAGACACUAUGUGAAGAGCUGCAUGCCAAAAUAGAUGUGGUGGAUGAGGAGCGGUACGACAUUGAAGCCAAGGUCAUGCACAACACCAGAGAGAUCAAAGACCUGAACAUCAAGGUAUUGGACUUGCGAGGAAAGUUCAAACGACCCAAUCUGAGAAGAGUGCGAGUCUCCGCUGACGCCAUCCUGCGCUCGCUACUCGGCUCCAAGCACAAGGUCUCUUUGGACCUGAGGGCUAACCUCAAAUCCGUGAAGAAGGAGGACACCGAAAAGGAGAAGACGGUGGAGGUGAGUGACUGGAGGAAGAAUGUGGAAGCCAUGUCAGGCAUGGAGGGCCGCAAGAAGAUGUUCGAUGCCGCUAAAGGCCCCAACCAGUAAACAAGUGGUGCAGAAAAAAAACAAGUAGCACAAUGUCACCACUGGCAACCCAAAGAGAGGUCAAUCAAUUCAAACUUUUGAGGUCCACAGAGGGAAUUCAUUGGUAUUUUACAUCCUGCGUCUGUUCCCCCUAUGUCUAGAUGUCAUGAUGAAAUAAACAGUGUGAAGAG